AUGGAGUGGGAGCCCGUGGAUGAACUUUUCGGCUAUCCCCUUCCAUUUCCUCGGGAGGACCUCUACAUCGCUCUGGCUGCUGUCGCCGGUUUCAUCCCCGCGGUGGUGCUGAUCAACGCCGUGGUCAACGGCAUCAUCACCCUGGUCUCCUUCGGCAAGAAGAGCAGCGCCGAGGUCUUCUUCCGCAAGGCCAAGUUUUGGGACGGCGAGGGCAGGGACGCGCCGCCCGCCUUCCACGUCGACGGCGUGCAAUACCUUCACGUCAAGAUCAAGAGCUACCUCAGCGGCAACCCGCCCAUCCGGCUGGGGCUGAGCGAGAGCUUGGUCCUGGGGCGGCGCGACUCGCGCUUGUACUCCGCCUACGGCAGCGACACGGGUGAGGCGCGCCGCUCCCUGUGCUCUGCUGCGGGGCUGGGGGUGACGCUGUACCUGCGACUGCUGGCCGAAUACCCCGCAGCCAAGACGGCCACAGGGGUGGAGGUCACCGUGCCGCUGCCGCGCUCCGUGCAGCGCGUGCACUGCGAGGCGGGUGAGGGGGUGCAGGCGGCUCGCGCGGAGUGGCGGGAGCGGGAGCGCAAGCUGGUGUGGUCCAUCAAGAACCUCAAGGGCGGGCGGGAGCACACGCUGCGCUGCAGGCUCACAGUGGACCCAGGCACCGUGGAGUCCACCAAGCGAGACUACGGCCCCAUCAUGGUCCAGUUUGUGCUGCCCGGCAAGCCCUCAGCCAGCGGGCUGGAUGUGCGGUACAUGAAGAUCCUCAAGGAGGAGAAGAACUAUGCGCCCUCCCGCUGGUUCCGUGUGGUGGCUAUGGCUAACUCAUACCAGAUCCGCCCGCACUGA